UAGGCGGGGUCUAAAUUGGCAAGAAGACGCUCGUUGGCCCGGGCCACUAACACACAAAAAAGAAGGGAAAAAAAGAGUCGACCGAGCAGCAGCACCGCGCUGUAACGUGUUCGGGCGAACCGGUCGACUGUUAAUAUCCUCCAUGUUAGUAAAUGGUGGUGGUCGGUAAAGCACCGUCAGCCGUUAACGUGUGUUGGUGAGCGGGACCGCGAGGCGCGGCACGCGCUGUCGACUAAAACAAAGCGGACCCUUACGACACUUUCCAGCGGACGGUCGGUCCUCGGUUCGGUAGCCGUCUUUAUUUCUUUGAAAGAGAACCGUUUUUUUCGGGCUGAUGUUACUCUAAAUCAACGGAAACGCCGGUUUAGCAUCAACAACGAGAUGGCUGUGCGGUUACUUUUGAUAGCGUCUUUGUUAGCGGUCCUCUGCAGCAGCUUCGCACAGCAAGAGGGGAGCAUAUGCAUCAAGGCCAACGCGCAGUCAUGCGGGGAAUGCAUCCAGGUCGCAGAGACGUGCGGAUGGUGUGCAGACGAAACGUUUCUCACGGUGGGCGAAUCAAAGUCGGCCCGCUGCGACGAUCUGGAGUCCCUGAAGAAGAGAGGUUGUUCCUUGACCAAAAUUGAGAACCCACGAGGAGGCAUCCAAAUCAACAAGAACAAGCCCGUCACCAACCGCAAGAAGGACGUGGCCGAGAAGCUGACUCCAGAGCAGAUCACCCAGAUCCAGCCCCAGAAGCUCACCCUGACUCUGCGAUCGGGUGAACCGCAGACCUUUGAGCUCAAGUUCAAGCGAGCUGAGGACUACCCCAUCGACCUCUACUACCUCAUGGACCUCUCCUUCUCCAUGAAAGACGAUUUGGAAAACGUCAAGAACCUGGGCACGGACCUGAUGAGGGAGAUGCAGGGCAUCACCUCGGACUUCAGGAUCGGCUUCGGCUCCUUUGUGGAGAAGACGGUGAUGCCGUACAUCAGCACCACUCCAGCCAGGCUCAUCAACCCCUGCACGGGGAACCAGAACUGCACCAGCCCCUUCAGCUACAAGAACGUCCUGAAGCUCACGGACAAGGGCGACGAGUUCAAUCGCCUGGUCAGUCAGCAGCAGAUCUCCGGCAACCUGGACUCUCCAGAGGGAGGCUUCGACGCCAUCAUGCAGGUGGCGGUCUGCGAGAACCAAAUCGGCUGGAGGAACGUGACUCGCCUGCUGGUGUUUUCCACCGACGCAGGAUUCCACUUCGCCGGAGACGGCAAGCUGGGCGGCAUCGUCCUGCCCAACGAUGGCAGGUGUCACCUGGAGAACAACAUUUACACCAUGAGCCACUACUACGACUACCCAUCCAUCGCCCAUCUGGUGCAGAAGCUGAGUGAUCACAACAUUCAGACCAUCUUUGCCGUCACCGAGGAGUUCCAGCCUGUUUACAAAGAGUUGAAAAAUCUCAUCCCUAAAUCUGCCGUCGGGACGCUGUCCUCCAACUCGAGCAACGUCAUCAAACUCAUCAUUGAUGCUUACAACUCUUUGUCGUCUGAGGUGAUCCUCGAAAACGGCCGGCUGCCGGAGGGAGUCUCCAUCACCUACAAGUCCAUCUGUAAGAACGGCGUGGAGGGAACGGGGGAGAACGGCAGGAAGUGCUCCAACAUCUCCAUCGGAGACGAGGUGUCGUUCCACAUUUCCGUAGAAUCCCAGAAGUGUCCGUCGCACGGCAAGCCCGAGGUCAUUAAGAUCAAACCUCUGGGCUUCACCGAGGAGGUGGAGGUCGCCCUCACGUUCCUCUGCGACUGUGAAUGCGCCAAAGACGGAGACGCCAACAGCAAGCAGUGCUCCGACGGCAACGGCACCUUUGAGUGCGGAGCCUGCAAGUGCAACGACGGCCGCAUCGGGCGCCUCUGCGAGUGCAGCAAGGACGAGGUGCGGACGGAAGACCUGGACGCCAACUGCCGAAAAGACAACGGCACGGACAUCUGCAGCAACAACGGCGACUGCGUGUGCGGCACGUGCGAAUGCAAGAAGCGGGAGAACCUCGCCGAGAUCUACUCCGGGAAGUACUGCGAGUGCGACAACUUCAACUGCGACCGCUCCAACAACAAGCUCUGCGGAGGACACGGCCGCUGCGACUGCAGGAAGUGCAUCUGCGACGCCAACUACACCGGCAGCGCCUGCGACUGCUCCCUGGAGACGGCCACCUGCCUCGCCAAGAACGGCCAGAUCUGCAACGGACGCGGCACCUGUGAGUGCGGCGCCUGCAAAUGCACCAACCCCAAAUUCCAGGGUCCGACCUGCGAGAUCUGCCCCACCUGCCCCGGCGUCUGCCCCGAGCACAAGGACUGCGUGCAGUGUCAGGCGUUCAAGGCCGGCGAGAAGAAGGACACGUGCGAGCGCGACUGCAGCUACUUCACGCUGUUCAAGGUGAAGGAUCGCGACAAGCUGCCGCAGCCCGCCGACCAGAGCUACCCCCUGAGCCACUGCAAGGAGCGGGACGCCAACGACUGCUGGUUCUACUACACCUACGCCAUCAGGAACGACACCAAGGAGGUGUACGUGGUGGAGACGCUGGAGUGCCCGGCGGGUCCCGACAUCAUCCCCAUCGUGGCCGGCGUGGUGGCCGGCAUCGUGCUGAUCGGCCUCGCCCUGCUGCUCAUCUGGAAGCUGCUCAUGAUCAUCCACGACCGCCGAGAGUUCGCCAAGUUUGAGAAGGAGAAGAUGAACGCCAAGUGGGACACGCAAGGAAACCCCAUUUACAAGAGUCCCAUUAACCAGUUCCAGAAUCCCAGCUAUGGGAAUAAAGGAGCUUCUCUUUAGGUCAAAGUUCAUACUGGCGGGGGAGAAUCCCAUCUACAAGAGCGCCGUAACAACUGUCGUCAAUCCAAAGUACGAAGGCAAAUGAUGGAGCUGUGCCUUCCUUGUGACAACACUGUAUGGAAAGAAUAUGGGCGGGGAGGGGGGGGUUAUAAUGCUCUCACUGUUUUUUUUUUUUUAUUUUGUUGUAGUCACAAAAACGAUAGCAAUGCAUUUUGCCACUAUUUCAGUUUUUUUUACUAACUUUUUAAAAAUGUUUUAUGCAUCAUCUGACUUUGUACAGUCUGUGUAAAUGUGGAGUUUUUAUUCUUUUUUUUGUCUCUAUGGAAGUUGUGUCUUUGCGAUUCGUAGUUUUCCCGCCACGGAACCAGCAAAGUUCAGAGAGCCCAGCUGUGCCUUCCUCUAAAAACUAGGAACCAUCAAGCCAUCAGUGUUCUUUUGUUAAGGUUGACUUGGAGGUUGCUAACUGGCAACAAAUGACUGGUUUCUUUCCAAAUAACUAAGUACAGUGUUGUUUGUGGCAAUCGAACAGUCAAAUGUUUGUAACACACAGCUGUGAUUGUGUCCUCAUCAUUUUGACCCAGUAAGUGUGUUUGUAGGGUAUGGAUUGUUCUGUCCGUAAUUUCACUCAACUCUUGAUCAACUAUUUUUUAAUUAUUUUUUUUUUAAAGAUAAAUAAAUGACAUGUCAUUUAGUUGUAAAGAUCAGGGGGAUUGGAAUUAUUUUUAAAACAAAAGGUAACACCAUUGUUUUUAAGUGCCUUUUAAAAAAAAAACCAUUUGCAAUUCUGUAUUUCUGAAAUUAUUUAUUGAAUAAACAUUGAAAACACCCCA